UUUUGUACAAAUAUUGUUGUAAAUUGGUCGGUAUUUUAAUGCAAAUGGGUCGAUAUUUUGGGACUAAAAUUAAGUCAAAAGGGUCAAAGUUUUGGAGACGGAGUUUUUUUUUUUUUUUUUCUUUUUUGUGGAAAUGUACACAGUAGUUUGAAUGGAUUUCACCUAUUGCAAAAAUAAAAUUUCAAAUUUCGAAUAGAUCGAGGUUUUGGAUAAAAAUGAAAUAGUCCUUGGAGUACGAGAUUGUACAUUUAUACACCUUGGUUGGUUGGUCACGCAUUAAGUAUUUCCAAGUUCACGUCGGUCAAAAUUUACAAGGUCACGACUCACGACGACUCAUGAGUUUGCUGUUUAACUGAACUUUCCGUCUAGGGUUCGGAUUUUGGAGAUUCAAGAUCGCAGCUUUUUCAAUUUUGUUAUAUUGAAAUGGAUAUGAUGAACUUAUUAGAUAGGAUGGAGGAUCUUCCUUUGGAACUACUUAAGGAGAUACUCUCAUGGCUGCCUGUUAAACAUUUGUUGGUUUUCAAGUGUGUUUCCAAUUCAUUGUACAAUGUAAUCAACAGUCCAUAUGUUGUCCAACUUCAUCUAAGCCGAUCCCUUCAAGCACACUCGGAAGGGACCCUAAUCGUCUUUGGAAAUACUGGUAUCCACACUUUCGAAUUUAAUGAUUCCCCCUGUAAUGCCACUGAACUUUACUGCCCGGGUAACUUUGAUUAUCUUCGAAAGUUAGCUGGCUCAUGCAACGGCUUACUAUGCUUCUCAUGUCAAGCUAAUGAGGUUGCUCUUCUCAAUCCUGCCACCCGAGCCUGUAAGCAGUUGCCAAAAGUCACGUUGACAAAUAUGUUCAUGGAAUUGUGUACAGUAGGAUUUGGUUAUGAAUGCAUUUCUGAUGAUUAUAAAGUUUUAAGGUAUGUAAGAUUCCGGGAGCCAGAUACUUUUACAGCUGACUUGACAGAUUUUCGCAAUAUGCCUGAUUCUGGAUUAGCAGCAUCGCCAAAGUGGGAAACUCUUCUCUACAGUUUGAGAACUAAUGCAUGGGAAAGUAUUCAGAACCCCCCUUGGACUUGGGAGAGUGUUAUAUCAUCCCCUGGUAUUGUGGCUAACAACUCCUUGCAUUGGAUGAGUUGUGAUUUUAAAGAGGUAAAAUGUUUCCAUCUUUUCACCCAAAGUUAUUAUGAGAUACCUCUUCCUGGGAAAAUUAGUCCUGGUUAUAAACCUACAUUGUGUCUUUUGAGAGGACAGUUGUGUGUAGUAACAUUUUAUUUAGAUAUAUGGGUACUAAAGGAGUAUGGUGUGCAAGAUUCUUGGACUCGACUGUUUCGUUGUCCUUCAGAGCAUUGGAACAGUUUGUAUAAUACCUUGUGUAUAUGGAAGUUGGGCCUCAUGAGUGCUGCUUGCUCAAAGGAUGGGAGCAAAAUCCUACUAGCACUGAUGGAAAAUAAGAAAAACUUCAUUUGCUGCGAUUUAAAAUCGAACGAAGCUAGGAUGAUUCAAAUCCCUGGUUUACCACCCCAAUUUUCUGCUAUACACCCUUGGGUGGAAUCUCUUGUACCCUUGUCAGGUGUUGUGAUGAACUAAAGGGAAGAUCGGAAAAUUUAUUGCUGAUAAAUGGUUAUUGCUGGUAUCUCAUGAAAACUUAAACUCUUAUUGUUGCUUGGCUGCUGAUGUACAUUAGGGAGAUUCGAGUAUUGUGCCUAAGUUGGUCUUUCAGAAGUCUGGUCUGUAUUUAUCCUGGAAUGCUUAACUAUUCGCUGCUGCAUUAGUGACAUUAUCUUAUGGCUUGUUUGUUUAGUUAUUUGGUUCCCUGACUUGUUGAUAAAUGCAAGUUCAAUCAGUUCAGUAAUAUAAAGUACAGACCAUAGAGUACAACCUAUGUUAAGUCAACCCAAU